CAAUGCAAGGUGUGCAGUGAAUCAGGGAAGACCUGCGGCCCCCUGGGGCCCCCAGAUGGCCCGGGAGUUGAAGGGUCCGACUUCGUGCUCUACGUCAGCGGCAUCACCACGGAGCGCUGCGGGCAGGAGAACAUCGUGGCCUACGCUGCUUACUGCCAGCUGGAGGCCGAGCUGGACAGACCUAUAGCAGGCUAUGCCAACCUGUGUCCUGCGAUGAUCUCCUCUCAGCCUCAGGAGUUUGAAGGGAUGCUCUCCACCGUCAAACACGAGAUCAUCCACGCUCUGGGCUUCUCCGCCGGUCUGUUUGCCUUCUACCACGACGAUGAGGGGAAACCUCUGACUCCUCGCUUCGCCAGCGGCCUGCCCGCCUUCAACGAGAGUCUGGGUCUGUACCAGUGGAGUGAGGCUGUGAUCCGGAGGGUCAGCCGGCUGUGGGACAUCAGAGGGGGUCUGAUGGUGCGGAACCAGGUCCACGUGCUGGUCACUCCUCGUGUCGUGGAGGAGGCGAGGAGACAUUUCAACUGUCCCAUCCUGGAGGGGAUGGAGCUGGAGAACCAGGGGGGGACAGGGACAGAGCUGAACCACUGGGAGAAGAGGCUGCUGGAGAACGAGGCGAUGACCGGCUCCCACACUCAGAACCGGGUGUUUUCUCGGCUGACGCUGGCCAUCAUGGAGGACAGCGGCUGGUACCGAGCCAACUACAGCCUGGCUCAGAGGCUGGACUGGGGCCGCGGCCUCGGCUGCGACUUCGUCAUGAAGAGCUGCAAGUUCUGGAUGGAGCGGCAGAGACAGAGGCGUCACUCUGUGACUCCGUACUGCGACACAGUUCGAGCUUCUCCUCUGCAGCUCACCUGCAGACAGGACCAGCUGGCUGUGGCCGUCUGCAACCUGCAGAAAUACUCUGAGGAGCUGCCACUGGAGUACCAGUACUUUGAGAGGAUCCCUGACGUGUCCUCUGACCAGCUGUCGAUGUUCGGUGGUGCUGUGGAGAUCGCAGACUUCUGUCCCUUCAGUCAGGAGUUCAGUUGGCACCUGAGUGGAGAAUAUCAGAGGAACUCCUACUGCAGGGUGUCAGAGAACCAGCCAGGUGACACACACACACACACAGAGACACACACACACACACACACACACUCACACACUCACACUCACAGAGACACACACACUCACACAGACACUCACACAGAGACACAUAAAUAA